AUGGUUUCGGCCGCGGCGCAGGCGGGCGUGGUCGCGGCGUGCGUCGUGCUCUUCGUCCCCAUGGGGCUGGCCGGCUGGCACCUCAGUCGCAACAAGGUGCUCUUCUUCUCCGGCGCGCUCUUCAUCUCGCUUGCCGUCGGGGUCCACCUAUCCCCGUACCCUCCCUCCCUGCCCCACCUCGCCUCCUCCUUCCUCCUCCCCCACUCCGGCGCCGCGUCCGCCUCCGCCUCCUCCGGGUCUUCCUGCGUCCCGUUCCUGCACCGCAUGUCGUGGUCUGACGCCGCCGGCGCCGCUGACGACGGCUCGAGAGGCGGAAAAGCGCGGGCGUGGUCGUGGCCGCCCUCGCUGGCGUCCGCCUGCUGGUUCGCGCGGCUGUCGCGUGACGACGCGUCGCUGCUGCUCAACGGCUCGUGGGUGAUGGUGGCCGGGGACUCGCAGGCGCGGCUGCUCGUGCUCGCGCUUCUCCGCCUCCUGCUCGACCCGGUCGCGGCGGCGGCCGCCGAGCCGGAGCUCUUCCGCCGCCACAGCGACUACCGCGCUGCCGUCCCCGCGCGGGGCAUUUCCGUGGACUUCGUCUGGGCGCCCUUCGAGAGCAACCUCACGCGUCUGCUCCGCGAGGAUCUGCGCCUCGCGCCGCGCCUCCCCGACGUGCUCGUCCUCGGAUCCGGGCUGUGGCACAUGCUCCACGUCACGGACGCCGCGAGCUACGGAGACGCACUGGCGUCCAUCGCAGGCGCCGCCAAGUCGCUCCGCUCGCAGCUUCCCGUGCCGCCGCCACAUAUGUUCUGGCUCGGCUUGCCGCACCUCGUGAACCACAUGCUCAACACAGACGUCAAGAGGGCACACAUGAACGGCACCAUGCUGCAUGCCUAUGAUCGCGAGGUCGAUCGGAGGGGUGUUUUGCGAGGUGAUGGUGGCCCGUUCCUGCUGCUUGAUGUGGGGAAGCUCACCCAGGGGUGCGGGCAGCAAUGCACGGCUGAUGGUAUGCAUUAUGAUGGUGAUGUGUAUGACGCUGUCAUGCAUAUCAUGCUCAAUGCUCUGGUGAUUGAGUCCCAACAAAGGAUUUGA